AACGCGCUGAUACCUGAAAACACAUCAUGUAAGUCAAUUAGAUUAGAGGUAGGUAACAGUUAACGGUAGUACGUUGCUUGACCUGGACUUGUCUACUUUCGGGUGCAAAGUUCUCAUUCGCGUACUAAAUCCAUAAAAACAGUGAUUUUGUGGGUGCAAAGAGUGUUAUAAAGAUCAAUCCAACAUGAACCUCAGGAUAAACUAAAUCCAAAUCAAGGUUCACCCACAUUGAUGCCUUUCCACCAUGGUUAUCGUGACGCGGGGUGACUACAUAUGGAUCGAGCCGACGACGGCCGGCGAGUUCGAUGUCGCCAUCGGCGCGCGGGUGGCGUCGGCGGAGGGGCGUCGCAUCGCCGUCAAGGACGACGAUGGCGACGAGCACUGGCUGGCGCCCGAGCGCCGCAUCAAGGCGAUGCACGCCACCUCGAUACACGGCGUGGAGGACAUGAUCGGGCUGGGGGACCUGCACGAGGCCGGGAUACUCAGGAAUCUGCUCAUCAGAUACAACGAGAAUCUCAUUUAUACUUAUACAGGGUCCAUCUUGGUAGCUGUCAAUCCAUAUCAAAUACUGCCAAUUUAUACUGCUGACCAAAUAAAAUUAUACAAAGAACGAAAAAUUGGAGAGUUGCCCCCACACAUUUUUGCCAUCGGUGAUAAUUCCUAUGGGCACAUGCGAAGGUAUGGUCAGGAUCAAUGUAUUGUUAUAUCUGGCGAAUCUGGUGCUGGAAAAACAGAAUCUACAAAAUUGAUCUUACAAUAUCUGGCAGCCAUAAGUGGAAAGCACUCCUGGAUAGAACAGCAGAUAUUGGAAGCGAAUCCAAUAUUAGAGGCUUUCGGAAAUGCUAAGACAGUACGAAACGACAACAGCUCUAGAUUCGGAAAAUACAUCGACAUACACUUCAAUAGCAAUGGGGUCAUCGAAGGUGCAAAAAUUGAACAAUACUUGCUGGAAAAGAGUCGAAUCGUCUCUCAAAAUACCGAUGAAAGGAACUAUCAUGUAUUUUAUUGUCUGCUGGCCGGUCUAGGGAGAGAUGACAAGAAGAAAUUGGAACUUGGUGAUGCUAGUCAAUAUCGAUAUCUAACAGGGGGUGGAUGUAUAACCUGUGAAGGAAGAGACGAUGCAGCAGAAUUUGCAGAUAUCCGGAGUGCCAUGAAGGUUCUUCUCUUUUCCGAUUCCGAAAUUUGGGAAAUUCUGAAGUUACUAGCCGCAUUACUCCAUAUCGGCAACAUUAAAUACAAAGCGACAAUGGUAGACAAUCUAGACGCCACAGAAAUUCCCGAUCACACCAAUGUCCAGCGAGUUGCUACACUUCUCGGUGUUCCUAUUCAACCUCUAAUCAACGCACUUACUAGAAAAACUUUGUUUGCACAUGGAGAAACAGUUGUAUCAACAUUGUCGAGAGAUCAGAGCGUCGAUGUAAGAGAUGCCUUCGUCAAGGGCAUAUACGGCAGGAUGUUUGUGUUGAUAGUGAGGAAAAUUAAUAAGGCAAUAUAUAGGCCGAAAGAAAGACAGCGGACCUCCAUUGGCGUUUUGGAUAUCUUCGGUUUCGAAAACUUCGACCACAAUAGUUUCGAGCAAUUCUGUAUCAAUUUUGCUAACGAGAACUUACAACAGUUCUUCGUCAGGCACAUUUUCAAACUGGAGCAAGAGGAAUACAACUCAGAAGGGAUAAACUGGCAACACAUCGAAUUCGUCGAUAAUCAAGAUGCACUCGACUUGAUAGCUAUCAAACAGUUGAACAUAAUGGCGCUCAUCGAUGAGGAGAGCAAAUUCCCUAAAGGGACCGAUCAAACGUUUCUCGCCAAACUCCAUAAACAGCACGGCAAACACAGGCAUUACUUGAAGCCAAGGUCCGACAUCAACACGAGCUUCGGCCUGAACCAUUUCGCGGGUAUCGUGUUCUACGACACCAGAGGCUUCCUGGAGAAGAACAGGGACACCUUCAGCGCGGAUUUGCUACAACUGAUAACGAUCAGCUCGAAUAAAUUCUUGCAGCAGAUUUUCGCGGAAGAUAUCGGGAUGGGUUCGGAAACUAGGAAGCGGGCGCCUACUUUAUCAACUCAGUUCAAGAAGAGUCUGGAUUCUCUCAUGAGAACCCUUUCCAAUUGCCAGCCGUUUUUUAUAAGAUGCAUCAAACCCAACGAAUUGAAGAAGCCGCUGAUGUUCGACAGGAAUCUCUGCUGCAGGCAGCUCAGAUAUUCUGGUAUGAUGGAGACCAUCAGGAUCCGGAGGGCUGGGUAUCCUAUAAGGCACAGUUUUGCAGAAUUCGUUGAACGCUACAGAUUCCUUAUACCAGGCGUUCCUCCAGCACACAAAACUGACUGCACAGCAGCAACUGCGAGAAUAUGCUCCAUGGUAUUGGGACGAUCAGACUAUCAAUUAGGUCAUAGUAAAGUUUUCCUGAAAGAUGCUCACGAUCUGUUUCUUGAACAAGAAAGAGACAGAGUUUUGACGAAGAAAAUACUCAUUCUUCAAAGAUCUAUUCGUGGCUGGGUGUACCGAAGACGUUUCCAAAGACUCAAAGCCGCCACAAUAAUCAUCCAGAAAAAUUGGAAAGCGUAUAUUCAAAAGCAGCGCUACAAGAAGAUGCGCAUCGGUUACAUGAGAUUGCAGGCCUUGAUCCGUGCCAGGAUACUGUCGCAUAGAUUCAGGCACCUGAGGGGGCACAUUGUCGGCCUCCAAGCGAACUCCAGGGGAUAUUUGGUGAGACGCGAAUACGGCAACAAAAUGUGGGCCAUCAUCAAGAUUCAGUCGCACGUUAGGAGGAUGAUAGCCCAGCGGAGGUUCAAGAAGAUCAAGUUCGAACAGAAACAUCACAUCGAGGCUCUGCGAUUGAAGAAGAAGGAGGAGAGAGAACUGAAGGAUGCUGGAAAUAAGAGAGCGAAGGAGAUCGCAGAACAACAUUAUAGAGAGAGAAUAUACCUGAUGGAAAGGAAAGAAAUGGAGAUAGAAAUUGAAGAAAGAAAGUUGGUUGAAGAGAAAAAGCACAAAAUCAGCGAAGCAGCUAGAAAAGCGGAUGAACCUGUUGAUGAUUCUAAGCUAGUGGAAGCUAUGUUCGACUUCCUCCCUGACAGUUCUAGUGAAGCACCUACAGGUCGUGAAACAUCGAUCUUCAAUGAUCUGCCAUCUCAACCAGCCGAAAAUGAAAUCAUAAGUCCAAUGGUUACUGCUUCCGAUGAUGAAGAAGACCUUAGCGAGUUCAAAUUCCAGAAAUUUGCAGCGACCUAUUUUCAAGGAAAUGUAGGACAUCAGUAUUCCAGGAAACCACUCAAACACCCGUUGCUUCCUUUACAUACACAGGGUGAUCAAUUGGCAGCUCAAGCGCUAUGGAUCACAAUUCUUCGCUUCACUGGGGACCUCUCCGAGCCACGUUACCACACGAUGGAGAGAGACAACACGUCGGUAAUGUCCAAAGUCACAGCCACCUUGGGUCGAAACUUCAUACGCAGCAAGGAAUUCCAAGAGGCGCAAUUGAUGGGCCUGGAUCCGGAUUCAUUUCUGAAACAACAGAAACCCAGAUCGAUCAGGAAUAAGCUGGUGUCCCUCACGCUGAAGAGAAAGAACAAACUCGGCGAAGAUGUGAGAAGGAAACUGCAGGACGAAGAGUACACUGCUGACAGUUAUCAGUCGUGGCUCGAGUCUCGGCCUACAAGUAAUCUGGAAAAACUCCAUUUCAUUAUUGGUCAUGGAAUUUUGAGAGCUGAAUUACGGGACGAGAUCUACUGUCAAAUAUGCAAACAACUCUCGAACAAUCCUUCGAAAUCAUCACAUGCGCGAGGUUGGAUCCUCCUGUCUCUUUGCGUCGGAUGCUUCGCGCCUUCAGAAAAAUUCGUCAGCUACUUGCGAGCCUUCAUCCGAGAAGGCCCCCCUGGCUAUGCCCCCUAUUGCGAGGACCGUCUGAAGCGCACUUUCAACAACGGAACAAGAAACCAACCGCCUAGCUGGCUAGAACUCCAAGCUACCAAAUCUAAGAAGCCCAUAAUGUUGCCGAUAACGUUUAUGGACGGCAAUACUAAGACGCUGCUAGCUGAUUCGGCCACUACUGCCAGAGAGCUGUGCAACCAGCUCUCGGACAAGAUUGGCUUGAAGGACCAGUUUGGAUUCUCGCUCUAUAUUGCUCUAUUCGAUAAGGUUUCUUCGUUGGGUAGCGGAGGGGACCAUGUGAUGGAUGCCAUAUCACAGUGUGAACAGUACGCUAAAGAACAAGGUGCCCAGGAACGCAACGCCCCAUGGCGCCUAUUCUUCCGCAAGGAGAUAUUCGCCCCAUGGCACGAACCCACCGAGGACCAAGUCGCUACGAAUCUCAUCUAUCAACAGGUCGUUAGAGGCGUAAAGUUUGGAGAAUACAGGUGCGACAAAGAAGAGGACUUGGCCAUGAUAGCGGCGCAGCAAUAUUUCAUCGAAUACAACUCGGAUAUGAACAUGGAGAGACUGCUCACGCUUCUACCGAACUAUAUACCAGAUUAUUGUCUGACAGGGGUGGAGAAAGCUGUCGAUAGAUGGGGUGCUUCAGUAGUCCAAGCUUAUAAGAAAAGUUAUUAUGUGAAAGAAAAGGUACCUAUAUUGAGGGUUAAGGAAGAUGUAGUUAGCUACGCAAAAUUCAAAUGGCCAUUAUUGUUCUCUAGAUUUUAUGAGGCAUACAGAAAUUCAGGACCCAACCUUCCGAAAAACGAUGUCAUAAUUGCCGUUAACUGGACAGGGGUCUAUGUGGUAGAUGAUCAAGAACAAGUCUUACUAGAAUUAUCAUUUCCUGAGAUAACUACAGUUUCCAGUCAAAAAACCAAUAAGGUUUUCACGCAGACCUUCACUUUGAAUACAGUGAGAGGGGAAGAAUUCACCUUCCAGAGUCCUAAUGCAGAGGACAUUCGAGAUUUGGUUGUAUAUUUCUUGGAGGGUUUGAAGAAGAGAUCGAAGUUUGUGAUUGCACUUCAAGAUUACAAGGCUCCCGGGGAAGGAUCUAGUUUUCUCACAUUCUUGAAAGGAGAUCUGAUAAUUUUAGAAGAAGAUAGUACCGGGGAAACGGUUCUCAACUCUGGUUGGUGUGUGGGACGUUGUGAAAGGAGCCAAGAAAAGGGAGAUUUUCCAGCAGAGACCGUGUAUGUGCUGCCAUGUAUGUCAAAACCUCCGACAGAAAUACUGCAGCUGUUUUCUGUAGAAGGUGCAGAACAUGGCCGUCGUCUCAGUCAACAGUACUCCGUGAAUGGGACAGAACCGCGAGAUCGUCCACACACCCUAGCAGAUUAUGCCAUAGACCAUUUCCGUCCGCCAAUCAAGCGAACCAUAUCGAAAGCCCUAACCCUAUCCAAUCGUAGGAUAGUAGAUGAUCUGUGGAGACAUUCCAGAGACCCCAUCAAGCAGCCUCUCCUGAAGAAGUUAUUGAUGAAGGAAGAACUCGCCGAGGAAGCGUGUUUCGCCUUCAGCGCCAUAUUGAAGUACAUGGGCGAUCUGCCGUCCAAGAGACCUAGAGUAGGAAACGAAUAUACCGAUCAUAUUUUUGACGGACCCUUGAAACAUGAGAUACUUAGAGACGAAAUAUAUUGUCAGACUAUGAAGCAGUUGACAGACAACAGAAACAGGUUAUCUGAAGAGAGAGGCUGGGAGCUCAUGUGGCUGGCAACAGGUCUGUUCAGUUGUUCUCAAAGUUUGCUCAAAGAACUCACAAUGUUCCUACGGAGUAGAAGACAUCCGAUAUCGCAAGAUUCCUUGCAACGGUUGCAGAAGACACUGAGAAAUGGCCAGAGAAAAUACCCUCCCCAUCAGGUGGAAGUUGAAGCAAUCCAACAUAAGACGACGCAAAUAUUCCACAAGGUUUACUUUCCGGACGACACGGACGAGGCUUUCGAAGUGGACUCGAGCACCAGAGCCAAAGAUUUUUGUCAGAAUAUCAGCCAAAGGCUGGGACUGAGAUCCAGCGAGGGAUUUAGUUUGUUCGUUAAAAUAGCAGAUAAGGUUAUUUCUGUGCCAGAAGGAGACUUCUUCUUCGACUUCGUCAGACACCUAACGGACUGGAUCCGUAAAGCCAGGCCGACCAGGGACGGCAUUACUCCCCAAUUCUCAUAUCAAGUGUUUUUCAUGAAGAAACUAUGGACCAAUACUGUUCCCGGCAAAGACAAGAAUGCAGACCUCAUCUUCCAUUUCCAUCAAGAAUUGCCGAAACUCAUCAGGGGUUAUCACAAGAGCAGCAAAGAUGAAUCCGCCAAGUUGGCAGCCUUAAUCUAUAGAGUUCGUUUUGGCGAGAGUAAACAGGAGCUGCAAGCCAUUCCACAAAUGUUGAGAGAAUUGAUUCCCGCUGAUCUGGUGAAAGUUCAAAGCGCCAAUGACUGGAAAAGACUAAUAGUGGCGGCUUACAACCAAGAUGCAGGAAUGAGUCCGGAGGAUGCGAAAAUAGCUUUUUUGAAGGUAGUUUAUCGCUGGCCCACUUUUGGAUCGGCAUUCUUCGAGGUUAAACAAACCACAGAUCCUAAUUAUCCAGAAAUGUUGCUUAUUGCAAUAAAUAAACACGGUGUUAGUCUCAUACACCCACAAUCAAAGGACAUCUUAGUGACCCACCCAUUCACAAGGAUUUCUAAUUGGUCGUCAGGAAACACGUAUUUCCAUAUGACCAUUGGAAAUUUGGUCAGGGGAUCAAAGUUGUUAUGCGAGACUUCCUUAGGAUAUAAAAUGGAUGACUUGUUGACAUCUUACAUUUCAUUGAUGUUGACAAAUAUGAACAAGCAAAGAAGUGUAAGAAUCAAGUAAUUUAUGUUUUGACGCACCUGAAACAAAGGAAUCUCAAUAUUUUAUAUCGGAUAUAAAGUGCAAGAUCUAACAUUCCAUCAAAACAAUCAAUAAUGAUCUGAUUCUGAUUUUUCAUUUGUUCAUUUAUGAAUUGUAAUUCUUUAUUUGAGAUUAAUUUAUAAAAUACUGAAUAUGAUGAUUCAAGUAUGAUUAUUUAUUCAAUUUAUAUUAUUUAUAUCGAUUUUUAUUUUAUAGAAAUAACCUGCUCAUCAAUUGAAACGUAACGAUACAUUAUGUUGCUCUAAUUGGAAUAUUCGUUAACUAUACUAACUGCCGGAAGCGAUUUCACUUUUCCUUUUAGUCCUCGAAUGCUGAUGAUGGAAACAUGUAUUUUCUACCAAAAAGAUGGAUACCUUUCAAAUUGAAAGUUUGUCAUUCGGAAGUUGAGUUAGAACAAAAUUAUGUAUUACGUUUACUUGUUGAGCAGUUCAUUUCAAGCUACUAUUUCUCUUACAAACGUUUUUUCAAUCAUUCAAGUAUAAUAGGAACGUGUUCAAUGUAGGAGGAAAAUUAUGUACACAAUUUGAAUUGAUAUUUAUGCCUGGAGAAAAUGAUUUCUAGUGAUUGCAAGCAAUAAUAUUAUAAUUAGAAAUUCAAUAAGGGGACAAUGCCUUUUCUAUCGUGCUCCUUUCAAUUAUUGAAUAUUAUAUGAAUUAACAAGGGUAAAUUUUCUUGUUCCUUCCCGAUUGAUGAUAACUAAAAUUUGCGGUAGUCAAGGUCAUCAUCUGACGUUGCGAUGACAUGAAAACUACUAACUAACCUAACUUUCAAUCUAAUCAAGGAGUUAGAAAUGUUUUCCCGUAGUUUACAUGUCAUUGCAACGUCAGAUGAUGAUUUUGACUACCGCGAAUCAGGACAGCAGAUAGUGACAGAUUUAGGGUUGUGAUUUUUGACAGUAUGUCUCUCGAUGAGAAGCAUCUUCAGACUGGAGACAUCUGGAAAGCUUUUCCCACUUUUGACGCGCUGGGUUGGGUUCACACUAUUGAGAAUUGAAAAUGAUCGAAUACUCUUUGUUUAUGAUCAGGUUGUUUUCUUUUUAAUAUUUCAAUAUAAAUACUGAGUAUAAGAAUGACUCUGCAUAUUUUCCAAGAAAUUCAGAACACGGCCCUGUGUAGUGUACCAGUAACAAAUAUCAAACUACGAUUGCAGGUUAACUAUACAGUCCCAUCUCAUUUUACACUUUCUUAUAUCUCAUCAUAUUUUUCAUGGAAAAUGAGCAAUUAUUCUGUAGCACUUCUGAAAGACAGCAGCAUGUGUCAAAAUGCAUAGUUCAAAAAUAUGAACCCAGGAGAACGCUCUUCAUGAGAAAAAGCAUUAUAUGAAGCCCUCCAAAAGACAUACUAGCUAAAAUCACAACCUUAAAGGUAACUUCCAAAUACGACGGCUUUUGAUCAUCAUUUGCCGUUCUAGGUUCUAGUGAAUCUAAGUUAGGUAUUACAACUUUCUCAAUUGCAGUUCAUUGCCUUAUUCGUGAAUAAACGUAUAAUACGGAACAGAAUAUUUCAAUGAAUCAUAUUAUUUUUUAAGAGAAGCCGUUAUUUCACAAUUCAAAACAUCAACAAUUAUUCUCGAUUUUAUUCUCAUGAAUCUUUAUCAAAACUUGAAAUAGGUUUGUUAUUGCAGUGAACAAACAUUCCACAAAUUCUUUUCGAACUCGAAUCUACACAACUGUGUGCUUCCAAUAUUUUUGAACAAUGUAUCAAAUGGUUUUAGUAGGUACUCAAGUGUAUAAGUAGGUGUUUUAGUUCUCGGAGCUUUAUUUAUGUUGACAUGUUUUUAUUUAUACAAAUGUAAAUAUAUAUACAUCACUUUGAAAAUAUAGGCAUGGAUACGAUAAUCUGAUGUACUUAUUUUUAUAUUGUGUGAGAAUGUUUGUAAAUAGGUGAUUUGAUGAAUGUAUAAGAAUAAAUUCUAUAUUUACAUUA